UCACUGUUUAGUUGUUUUGUAGUCCUCGUAUUUGGAUGCCAUUUACGUUCAGGUCAGUGUUUAAUGCAAAGAGCUAGUCAUUUACCUACUACAAUCGAAAAUGGAACCAACGACUACUGAAAUUCAGGAAUUAAGGACGAAGUUCACACAGAAGGUAUCAGAAGAGAAUAAAGACUUCCACCCUAAAGACAUUGCUAGAGUUAACAAUGAUGACAAAUGGCUAAAACGGUUUCUGCUUCACAAUGACUUAGACAUAAAAGAAGCAUUAAUUAUGCUUCUAGAAACUUGUGAAUGGAGGAAAAACUGUAAAGUUAAUGGUAGUUGUUUUAUGUAGUUCUAACGACUUUGCUCAGUAUCUAACUUAAAGUUUGUUGUUAAUUAUUCCUAUGGUUUUAAACAUACUUCUAUCGAUCAGGUAGCCUUAAUAUACAUGAUUUGCUUGUAUUAGCAUCCACUAUGAUAUUUUAUAAAGAUUAACUGAAUUUUGUAAGUGUUUGGAUAUUUAUAUUAUAUCUAUUUGAAGAAUAAAUUUAAGUAAUUACGAUGUUAACCCAAGAAAUUGAUAGUUAUUGAUUUAGUGUCUUUGCCACUUAUCUUUUCAAUGCCAACUUUCUGGAGAUUCAUUGGUUUAUAAAGCUUAGUUCAAAUAAAUUUUAUUUUAAAUGGAAAAUUUUUACUAAACACUACUUUAUCUAUUUUCUAAUUUUUAUUCAUUAUGUUGUUUUUUAUAAUUAUACUUUUUUAUUUUGUUAGUUUUUGUUUUGUUAUGCUCAUGACAAAGGUCAUUAUCAAAUACUUUUUAAUUUGUACAAGCGUACUUUUAAAUUUCUUGAAACUGAAUCUUGAACUUUGUUUUCAGUGUAGAUACAAUAAAUUGAUGUAUUAUUAUGCAAUCAUCCUUCAGUUGUCAUAUAAAUGAUAAUAAUAUUGAAGGAUGUUAUUUAAUUUUUUCAAUGAUUUUCUAAUUUUUAAUGGGAAUGUAUACCCUUGGUCUUUAUAAUGCUGUUCUAUUCUUAUUAUUAUAAUUUAGCAGUUUGAUUUAUCUUCUUCACAAUUUUAUUAAUCACAAAUUAUUAUAAUUCAGUCAAUUGUUAUUGUUAUAAAUAAUAAAGUAAAUUGAUAUUAACUUUUUUUUCUCUCUCCGAAACUUACAGAAAUUACAGAAAACAAUGUAAACCUGUGUUAUUUAAGUGAAGGAAUAGUAUUUGUCCACAAUCGAGACAAAGAUGGAAAGUCCUUAUUAAUCUUUACUUAUCGAAAGCAUGUUAAAGGUCAGAAAGACCUGGAGGAAUUAAAAAAGCUUGUUAUUUAUUGGAUGGAAAGAGUAGAAAGGAUGGAUAAAGGAGAACCUGUCACAGUUUUCUUUGAUAUGCAAGACAGCGGAAUAGCAAAUGCCGACAUGGAUUUUAUGAAAUUUAUUAUUAGUUUAUUUAAACAAUAUUAUCCUUAUUUUUUAAAUUAUAUCCUGGUCUUUGAUAUGCCAUGGAUGCUUAGUGCUGCUUUUAAAGUAGUAAAAACAUGGCUUCCUAAUAAAGCUGUGCAAAAAAUAAAAAAUAUUGACAAAAAAAGUUUGAAGGAUUAUGUAGAUAGUACCCAAGCUCUUAAAAGUUGGGGAGGACAGGACCCAUAUGAGUUUGUAUUUGUCCCUGAAAAUGCUAAAAAGGUUCAUUUUGCUGAUGGAUCUCAAUCAACAGAACCUUCAUCCAAUGCUUUUGGUGAUUCUAAACCUGAUGAAUCUCCAUCAAGCGCCAGAUUAACUUUGAAUCCAGCUGAUGCUAUAUGCUUUGUUCAAGAUGGAAUAGAACUUAUAGGAACAUUGAGCAUAACAAACUCUUCCGAUGCAACUUUGAUUUAUAAGGUGAAAACAACAUCUCCAGAAAAAUUUCGUGUACGCCCGAGUUGUGGCCUACUGUCUCCUUUAAGUAGUGCUUCAAUCAAUAUUGUCUUGUUAACUGGUUAUACGGGUGUCAACAUCCUUAGGGAUAAAUUUCUAGUCUUGUCCUAUCCUUUAGAGGACCAUGAAACUCAUGCUAAUUUAGACCUUAAUGAUAUUUGGAAGUUACACUCAGACCCAAAAAAACUUGAAGAACACAGACUCAGAUGCAAGGUGCCAUCAAUACAACCAUGUGCUCAUAAUGGUUCUCCAGGUUCUUUAAGUACAAUGGCUGGAGCAACUUCUCCUACAUCUGACUUUGAGCAAAGAAUCACUCAACUUCUUAUUUCGAUGAAUCAUUUGACUGAAUGCAACAGCUCAAUGCAGCACGACUUAAUAUUUGUAAGACGUUUGUUGUUCAUAGUGAUAUUCCUUGUCAUAAUCUGUCUAAUAGCAUUAUUGCUGUUUCUUCCUUUGCCUGAGCAAGGAUACUGUCCAGCAACAAUUGCUGAACCAUCCCUUAAACUUGAAAUGUAAUUUGAUUGCAUCGAGUGUUUGUAUUUUUAUAUGUAAUUGUACAAAUCAUGACCUGCAUAUUUUAAAGCACAAAACAAGACUUGCUAAAAUGGGCAAUCCGGUUACCAUGCAUGGCAAAAAUUAUUUAAAAAAUAAUUUGGUCCUCAUGUAUGUUAUAGUUAAUCACCUAUUGUUCAUUAAUCACUGUAGAUUUUUUCCUAUUUUCAAAUUUAGUGUAUUUGUAUUGUGAAAUCCUGCCAGUUUUACAUUGUAAUAAGUGAUUCGUAGAUAGAAUGGUCCAUAUUUAAGAGAUUUUUUAAAAAUUGAUGUAAUUUAUUAUCAAGUCUGUUGCCAUAUAAGUUACUGAUUUAAUAUUAAAUUAUAAAUUAUAUUUUUUCAUAUUAUUAUUUUUUAAAUUAUAGGUAAAAUAUGAAGGUAGACAAACUAUAAUUUUAUUUCUUUAAAAUAUUUAUACUUUUUUGUGAUUGGUAUACAUUCCAACAAAUGUAUCUAUAUAUUGCCAUAUAAGUUCAAAUUCCUACUAGUAUUUAAUUUAAAAUUUGUAAUAUUAACUGUAUCUAUUUUAAGUUAAAAAGUUACUGUGCCUCACAAAAAUUUUUAUUCUGUAUUAAAACAUUUAAAUGAAAAUGUUCACUAGUCAUGUCAUGAUAUAUUAUAGUCAAGUUCUUACCUAUACUGUUUUUUAUAUAUUGUUAUUAUUUAAAGUUUUAUUUGCUAUUAUAUCAUCAAGAUAAAGAUACAUGACAUCAUAAAGUUACAUAUAAUUAAAUAAAAUAUUUUCAGAGUGUAAUUUUUUAUUUAUGUGAUUUAUUUAGGACACACACACACUCUCUAAGCUAUGUAAUAUACUAUUCAAUGAGCAGACACUUCAGUAAAAUAUUGAAGUAUUCAAUUGGAUUGAAUUUGUAUUAACAAUCAUUUGUAGGGGAAAUUUUUCUUCUUUGUAAAGGAAAUGUUUCCAUGCAGUAUUAAUUAAUAUCAUAUUGUAUUAUUUUUUUGAACCUAUGUUAACAUUUUUAUAAAAAUGUGUGACAUUGUCGCAAAAAGAAGUAUAUAUAAAUGUAAUAUCAUUUUUAUAUGUGUUAGUGGUCUAAAGUAUUUCAUGGUGUUCAGUAAUCUUAAAAGAGAGAGAAACAAUAAGGAGGGAUUUUUUUUUAAAUAUAUAUUUAUAAGUGAAUACAAACAUAUAUCUUCAAAUUCUAUAAAAAAAAAAAUUAUUAUUUUUUUUCAGCAAAUAGUUAUACUUUGUAUCUGGUUAUGUUUUGAAAACUUUUUUCUCCAUUAUUUUAACUAUGAAUAUUGGUAUAUAUAUUCAUAUCUUAUCUGAAAAUGCUUUUACAGUAGUAGAUACAAAUUUUGUUGGAAAUGUUCUGUUAUAAUAAUCUGUGAUGUACUAGUCUAAUAGCUAUGAAAUUCUUUCUAAAGGCUGAUUUGAAUAGUUAAAAUAUUUCCUAUAUGUUAGUAGUAAAUAUCGUUUAUUGAUAAAAGAAUCUAAGUACAUACUGGUAUACAAAGAAGAGUAAUUCUUGUUGUGAAGUGCAAACAAUCUGUCAUUGAUACAAAUUUGUUUAAUAUGCUCUGUUGUAUGUCUACUAGUCAUGUUUUAGAAGAACUAUUUAUGUCUUACUCCUUAAUUUGCUAACAUGUCAAUUAGCAGUAUAAUAAAGCACAAAAUAUUUUUUUUUUAAAUAUUUCCAGUCUUAUAGAAAUACUUACUUUAAAAGAUGAAGUGCCGUUGGUACCACGGUUAAGGUAGAUACAAUAAUGAACCAAAACUAAUUAGGUAUCCACAAACUCACUUAAUUGGCUCAAUUUAAUUUGAUUUGUUUUAAUAUGUAUUUUUUUUUAAAUAUAUCUGCAGAGGAAAAUUUGCAUAUACAUAUAUACAAAUCAUACAUAAUAGGUUUUAUAGUUAACAACAAUAGAUUAUUUUUAAAAUAAAUCAAUUUUUGCUAAUUACAAGGCUACUUAUAUAUACUAUCUGCCAUAACUUAUUAACAUCAUUAAUAAAAUUCUCCAUUUGAUCAUGGAUUCCUAAAAGCUUAAAAGAUAAUUUGAUCUGUCGGAUAUAUGUGACAUUUUUUCUUACAUCGUUGAACCUUCUUCCACUCAUGUUCAUUGCACACUCAUUUUUUACUUAUGUAUUUCUGAUAAGAUUUGAAAUUUUUACAAUUUAUUUACUAGUUGUAUUAAUUGUUUAUUUACAUCUUGAGUAGGAUCUUGAAAAUUUGGAGGAAUUUUCGAUAGUGGAUAUCUAUCAUUUGGUUUGAAUUAUCUAAUACAUAAAUUUUAACUUAUUUAUUAUAUUGGUAUUAUUAUAUACUAUUUAGUGAAUGCUGGUGAAGUAUUUCUGCUCCUGUUCCACUUCUUUUAUUUUUAUGAGUACGAGAUACAAAUUUCUCAUAUACUACCUACCCAUUACAUUAUCUGUUAUUUUUUAACUACAUAAAUAAUUAAAUUUUGAAAUUAAGUUCACCAACUUAAGUUAAAUUUGUCUUACAGACUAAAAAUCCAGAUUAUUGGGAUCCUACUGUAUCUGAAAAUUCUUAUAGUUACAAUUGAACUUUUUUAAAUUUUCAUUUCAGCAACAGAUGGUUUAUUCGGUUGCUUUAGCUUUAAAUUGAUCAAAGUAAACCAUCACUCUUGGUUUGUAAUGCUUAUCUAUCAUUACAUUAAGUUAUGAAAUAUUUGUAAAAUGACAUUUUGUUUUAAUAAUUACAAACUCUAAAUAAAAGACUGAAUAUGUUAUAUUAGAAUUAAAUUUAUAGCAGUA